AUGAGCACAGGCCCGGACUACCCAGAGCCUCCAUCCCAUACUUCCCUAGACCCAUACCAGGGCCAGGAUGGGCGGAAUGCGCUGAGAUAUGCUCCGCCAUCAUUUGGAAUGGGGCCGGACACCAGCAACCAAUCCCCCGAUCGGAAUGACGCCUUGAACGAAGUACCAAAUGACGCUAAACGCCCGCGGGCUUGCGAGCCCUGCCGGCAGCUUAAGGUUCGCUGUGACCCAGAUCCGAAGCACCCGGAUGGCUCAUGUAAGCGAUGUGCCAAGGCGCGGCGGGCGUGCAUUGUGACAGCGCCGACGCGCAAGCGUCAGAAAAAGACCGAUAGUCGGGUAGCGGAAUUGGAGCGGAAGAUUGAUGCGCUGACGGCGACGCUGCAGGCGUCGCAUUCUACCAGUGCUCUCUUUGCUGGUGGGGCUGUGGGGCAGCAACAAUCGCCGCCGAAGCAGCAGGAUGACUAUCCGCCCGAGAGAAAGUGGAUGGGCGGGGAGUCAAAAUUGGCUGGCAUCAAGCGACGGCGCUCUGAUCAUGGGAAGGACUCAUCUGAUGUCUUGCUGGCGCCGCGCUAUUCACGACCGAGUAGUCCGUCAGCAGAGCAGAUCCCUAACCAUGCAUCGAGGCAUUGGCGCAGACCGAUUGCCAGUGCCUCUUUACCGCCGCCCCCAAAACCCGAGGCUGCUAAUGAGUUCGCUGAUAUGAUAGACCGGGGAAUCAUAGAUUACGACACUGCGAGUGCAGCCUUUGACCGGUUUAUCCAUCAGAUGGCCCCGGAACUUCCUUUCAUCGUCUUUCCGCCAGGCACCACAAUGGGCGACGUGCGACGCAAUAAACCGUCUUUGUUUCUUGCAAUCAUUGCUGCUGGCCUUGGUGUCUUCAAUCACGAUGCCCAGCAUGUCCUCGUAAACGAAGUAUAUCGUCUGAUCGCGGACCAGGCCAUUAUCAAGGGCCAGAAGUCUCUUGAGCUAGUCCAAACCAUAUUGGUCACUUCUAUCUGGUACUAUCCACCAGACAAUUUCGAGGAGCUCAAGUUCUAUUCUUUGACUCAUAUGGCCGUGGCGAUGGCAAUGGAACUUGGAUUGAACCAUCGCUCAGUUGAAACUCGGAGGGGCUACAAUAUGAUCCGCGAGCUCAUCAGCAAAAAGCCCAUGAGCGCGGUGUUUGAUCCAGACGGGCCGGAGGCGAGACGGACGUGGAUGGGCUGUUAUUACUUAGCUGUCCAAACAUCGGUGGCUUUGAGGAGAGUUCAUCUAGUAACCUGGCAGCCAUACAUGGAUGAAUGCCUUGAGAUUCUCGAAAAUCAUCCCGAUGCGCUACCUACCGACCGGAAAUUGAGAUGGUGGGUGAAGCUGGCAUUGAUAAUGGAAGAUGCUGGGCCGCAAUUGUCUGUGGAUGAUCCAGGCUCUAUCGCUACCUUUGCAGAUAGUAGAGCGUGGUAUUAUAUGAGAAAGUUUGAGGAACGGUUGACACAGUGGAGAGAAGAGGUCCCGCCAGAUGUUUAUACUGAGUCAAUGGCUCACACAGAACAUGUUCUGAAUAUCUUUGUGCACGAAUCCGCCAUGAGUGUGGGCCAAAACAUUGGCACUAACUCCCCAUCACAGGACGACAACCCGCCCAGUCCAUCAACUGCCGCAGUCAUCGCAGCGUUGACUACAGCCAUCCACUGCAUUCACCAAAGUAUAGAUCUCAUCUGUGCCGUUGAUAUUGAUCGACUUAUAUGCCUACCCACGAUGUCAGUGGCUCGGACAACAUAUCCCGUCGUUACUUUGAUCAAGAUAUAUUCUUUGCUCGCGCCAGCGGACAGUGGAAUAGGCCACAUGCUCGACGUACAGAGUCUCAAACUCGAUUACUAUCUGGACAAAGUCAUCGCACAUUAUCGCAUCGCCGCGUCACGUGAUGGCGGCCGCGUAUGCGCGAAGUUUGGCAGCAUCAUUGUCCUGUUGCGGAAUUGGUUUAUCAAAAAGCGGGAUCAAGGAGAUCACGGCCGGGAAUUGAAAGAGGCCUUUUCAAAUGGCCAGACAUCGCCCUUGGGAUCCACCACUCGGACAACUCAAAUGGUACCAGGAAUGACACCACUCCACUUCCUGAGCGAAGUAGCCAUGGGAGAUCCGGCUCACCGAGCGAACAAUGCCAACUCCCAGCACUCGAUGCCCGGACAAUCCUAUUCCUCGAACCCGAGCCCGAGCUCAACGGUCAACCCAAUGAAACCUCCAGGCACAUCCAGCUUCGGGCCCGAUCCAUCCCAGGCCAGCUGGUCAUCUGGAAGAUCUUACCCGACACCUAUAUCGGGCUCCGACUCGAACCAGAUAGAGACGAGAGGCUACUACCAACCAUACACAUCCGCCGAUACAUCACAAGCUUACCCAGAUCUGUCAUCCACCACUGGGCAGAGCCAGGGAUACCCGGAUAUCCCCACCGUGGGUGGAAUGCAACUCGCACCGCCGAUGGGAAUUGCACCUGAGCUAGGCAUGGAUCCCAUUUUUGGCGAUACGUGGUUUUCACUGGAAAGCAUGAUGGAUGAGGGCCUUGUCACUUUGCCACUUUCUUUUGACGGGAAUUUUGGACUGUUUUAG